AUGGGGGGCGAAAAUAGCUCGAGAACUGCUCCCAUGUCGUCCUCUUACCCCAAGUUGGCCGUCAAACCGGUGGGGCAGCAGAUCCAGAGCAUCUACACCGACCGUCUGCGACAGUUCACCGACGGCGGUCAGUAUUACAACGAAGGCCUCAGGGCUAAGUUCUACCAUGAUUCCGUCGGCGAUGCCGACCACGUCAAGCUCUCGGUUUGGUCCGCUCCAAAUCUCUCUCGUCCUACCUUCGACGAAGCUACCUCCCACUCCUUCAAGCCUACUCACGUUGGAGAAUCCUUUGGGCCAUCAUGGUCGACACACUGGUUCAAAAUUCGUCUGACCGUUCCGAAAUCUAUGGUAAAAGGCGAACAUCUGGAGUUUCGCUGGGACUCGAGCAGUGAGGGCAUGGUCUGGACCGAGGACGGCCAUCCACUGCAGGGCCUGACCGGUAAUGGCGAACGUGUUGAGUGGAUCAUACCCGAGAAAUGGAGAGAUGGUAAAGAACAUGUUUUCUACAUUGAGAUCGCCUGUAACGGCAUGUUUGGCAACGCGCCAGGCGGUGACUCGAUCCAGCCUCCCGACCCGAACAAAUACUUUACCCUUCGAGAGGCCCGUAUCGUUGACGUCAACCUCGCGGCUCGAGGUCUGUACGUCGAUUUCUGGAUCAUAGGCGAUGCCGCUCGGGAAUUCCCCAAUGACGGCUGGGAGAAGCAUAAGGCUUUGCAGGUGUGCAACAAGAUCAUGGACACGUUCAUCGCUGGCAACGGCUCAAACGAGUCAAUACUCGAAGGCCGCAAGAUCGCGCAGGAGUACAUCGGCAAGCAUGUAGAUUCAGCUAAGGUCUAUGGCACGGAGAAUGACAGCAUCGUCUAUGCUAUCGGCCACUGCCACAUUGACACCUGCUGGUUGUGGCCUUGGGCUGAAACAAAGCGCAAAGUCGCUCGAAGCUGGUCGAACCAGUGUGACCUGAUGGACAGAUACCCAGAACAUCGCUUCGCCGUCAGCCAGGCUCAGCAGUAUAAGUGGCUGAAGAUGUAUUAUCCUUUUGUCUUUGACAGGGUCAAGGAGAAGGUCAAGAAGGGCACGUUCCAGCCUAUAGGUGGCAGCUGGGUUGAGCACGACACUAAUAUGCCCAGCGGUGAGUCCUUGGUUCGGCAGUUCUUGUACGGCCAACGCUUCUUUGAGAGCCAUUUUGGCGAACGCUGCCGGACAUUCUGGCUACCGGACACCUUUGGGUACUCGUCUCAACUACCACAGAUUUGCCGACUGGCUGGAAUGAAGCGAUUCUUCACCCAGAAACUCAGCUGGAACAAUAUCAACAACUUCCCUCAUACGACGUUCAAUUGGGUCAGCUUGGACGGCAGCCAGGUUAUCUGCCACAUGGCACCCAGUGAGACUUAUACCGCUGAAGCUCAUUUUGGAGACGUAAGGCGGAGCGUCACCCAACACAAGAGCAUGGAUCAAGACAACACAUCCUUGUUGGUAUUUGGGAAGGGCGAUGGUGGUGGUGGUCCGACCUGGGAGAUGCUGGAGAAGCUGCGACGCUGUCGUGGCAUAAGCGACACUACCGGUCUUCUGCCGAGAGUCAAGAUGGGCAACUCGGUAGAGGAUUUCUUCGACCAAAUAGAGAAGAAGAUCGAGAAGGGCACCGACCUGGUGACAUGGUAUGGCGAGCUCUACUUCGAGCUGCACCGUGGCACAUAUACCACUCAAGCCAACAACAAGAAGCACAACCGCAAGCAAGAGAUCAUGCUCAGAGACAUUGAGUAUUUGGCGACUCUUGCUAGCUUGAAGAGCAAGAGCUACAAAUACCCUAAAAAGGAGAUUGAUGAGAUCUGGGAGAAUGUCUUGCUCUGCCAAUUCCAUGACUGCUUGCCAGGUAGUUCGAUUGAGAUGUGCUAUGAUGACUCUGACGAGUUGUACGCACACAACUACAAGCUUGGGAGGAAGGUCAAGGAAGAGGCAUUGUCGGUGCUUGGGCUCUCUGAGAAUCUCAAGCCACGGGCGAAGCUAGCCGCAGUCAACACGUUGGCAUGGCCCAGAACAGAACUCGUCAAGAUACCUGAAGCCUGCGCUGAUUCGAGUCAGAGUCACUACACAUUGGUAAGCGGAGGUCCUGGCCUGGCGAAGACGCAUGCUGCAUCAAUCUUGAAAUCGGAAGCAUGCAUUGAGGAAAAGAGCAAAGGCGUGUUUGUACUUUCCAACAAGCACUUCCGCGUCGAGGUGGAGAAGGGCUGCGUGACCUCCCUUUAUGACCUGCGCGCAGACCGUGAGGUCAUAGCUAAAGGUGGCAAGGGCAAUCAGCUGGUCAUAUUCGACGACAAGCCUUUGUACUGGCAAGCUUGGGACGUUGAGGUCUUCCAUCUUGACUCCCGCAAGGAGCUGGAAUCUGAGGCAACUGAGAUCGCCGAACAGGGCCCGUACCGCGUCAGCGUCAUCACCAAGACUCAAGUAAGCGAUAAGAGUUGGAUCAAAACCACCAUCAGUCUCGAUGCGUCGGAUAGUGAUGACCUGCCUAGCUUUGUGAGUAUCGCUGCCGAGGUUGAAUGGCACGAGGACAAGAAGUUCCUCAAGGUCGAAUGGCCCGUGGACGUGGUCAACACUGAGGCGAGCUACGAAACGCAGUACGGCAUCGUCCGCCGACCUACUCACUACAAUACAAGCUGGGACAUGGCCAAGUUCGAGGUGUGCUGCCACAAGUUCGCCGAUCUUUCCGAAGCAAACUAUGGUGUAUCUGUUCUGAAUGACUCCAAGUACGGCUUUGCAACUUGCGGUAACCUAAUGCGCCUGUCGCUGCUUCGUGCACCCAAGGCUCCUGAUGCGCAUGCUGACAUGGGCCACCACCACAUUGAGUGGGCUGUCCUGCCACACAUUGGAUCACUGGGCAGUGAAACAGUCCGAGCCGCUCAUAACUUCAAUAACCCAAUGAAGCUUGUCGCUCUUGCAGCAGAUAAGGUUGAGGAAGACUCAUUCGCGGCAGUCUCCCUCGAGGGCAGCAAGGCCCUGGUACUAGACGCAAUCAAGCGGGGUGAAGACGAUGAAGAUGUGUCCCGCGGAGAGCUUACGAAACGCAAGGGACAGAGUGUGAUUUUGAGAAUUUACGAGAGCACAGGUGGUAAGAGCAGGGGCACCAUCCGCACUACAUUGCCGGUCAAGAAAGUGUACAAGACCAAUGUGCUAGAGGACGACGAGGAGGAGCUCAAGGUGUACGGGAAGGGCAAGAUUGAUAUCGAGCUGCGGCCGUUCGAGGUCGGUACCUACAGGCUCCAGCUGUAA